AUGGGUCCCGAAGACCGAGAUGCGCCAGUGCGCAUAAACAUACCUAAACGUGACGCAAAGACUAGGUCCCCUCUCAAGAAGACUGUCUCUGCUUCUGAGUUCUACAGUUAUAGGUUAAUGGAGCGUGUUAGUGAAAUAUGUCAUUUAGUACUCUUUCGUAAUCUCUUUAAUCAGUUUUUAGUUGACAUGUAUGCUAAGAUUGAAACUGAAAGGCUCAAUUGGAUUCGUAAUAAUCAAACAAAACUUAGGAGUGAGGAGUAUAUCCACCUAAAAGACGCUAUAGUAAAAAGAGAUGGACAGUUUUCAGAACUUGGUAGAAUGGUUGUAUUGCCGUCUUCGUUCACUGGUGGACCCCGCUACAUGCAUGAACGAACUCAAGACGCUAUGACGUACGUACGGCAUUUCGGACGUCCAGAUUUAUUCAUUACAUUCACUUGCAAUCCUAAAUGGUCAGAAAUUGAAGAUCUUUUGAGACAAGGACAAAAAUCUUAUGAUCGACACGAUAUCAUUGCGAGGGUAUUUUGUUUGAAAGUUAAGCACAUGAUGAAUCUUCUGACAAAAGGUUGUAUCUUUGGCAAUGUAAGGUGUAACAUGUAUACUGUGAAAUGGCAGAAGCGUGGACUUCCACAUGUUCAUAUUCUUCUUUGGUUGGAAGAAAAAAUAAGACCUGACUCUAUUGACGAAGUUAUAAGAGCUGAAUUACCUGACCCCGAUCAGGAUCAAACACUUCAUGAAAUUAUUAAAUCAACAAUGAUUCAUGGCCCGUGUGGAGUUUUCAAUUUCAGUUCACCUUGCAUGCUGGCUGGUGUUUGCACUAAACGAUACCCAAGGCCUUUCUUGAAAGAAACUCAAACAGGUGAAGAUGGAUAUCCUAAGUAUCGAAGGCGGUCUCCGGAAGACGGUGGAAUAGCAAUAAAAAUUAAUGGAAAUGAUAUUGAAAAUCGAUGGGUGGUACCAUUUAAUUCUGUUUUGUCACGUACUUUCAAAGCUCAUAUUAAUAUUGAGUAUUGCAAUUCAGUUAAAUCUAUUAGAUACAUCUGCAAGUACGUAAAUAAGGGUUCUGAUCAGGCAGCGUUUACCGUUGAAAAUUUAGAUGAGGUUUCUAGGUAUGAAGCAGGACGAUACAUAAGCAGUUCUGAAGCAGUCUGGCGUAUUUUCGGUUUUCACAUUCAUGAGAGAUAUCCUCCUGUUGUUCAUCUUGCUGUUCAUCUAGAAAAUGGUCAAAAAGUUUAUUUCACAGAAGAGAACAUUGUUUAUAAAAUCGCGAAUCCAAAGAAAACAACGCUUAUAGGUUUUUUCGAUCUCUGUAAAGUAGAUAGUUUUGCGCGAACUCUUUUGUAUAGUGAAGUUCCAGGUUAUUACGUUUGGAGAAACAAUGAAUUUAUUAGGAGGAAAAAAGGAAAAGUCGUGACAGGUUUUCCAGAAAUUAAAAAAGAUCAUGUGUUGGGUAGAGUGUAUACUGUCCAUCCCGGUAAUGCUGAAUGCUACUAUUUACGCCUUCUCCUACAUGAGAUUCGUGGUCCUACUUCAUUCAAUGAUUUAAAAACUGUAGAAGGUGUAGAGCAUCCGACUUUUCAAGCAACUUGCAGAGCACUUGGAUUAUUGGAAGAUGAUAUUAACUGGGAUCGUACUUUAUAA